AUGCCCGCUUUAUUGCGCAAAUUGGCCAUCGUCGCCGCGGUCGACGGCCUCAUCCUGCAUACUCAGGCCAGCGGACCACGGCAUACCGCUGGUAGUAAUAAUGAGGCUUCAUCCAUCCGCAUCGACUAUAAGACGAACAAAAUCACUGCGUUGCCCGUUUCCGCCUCGGAGCCCCUUGGCGGAAAGGACGCCCUAGAGGCCUACGGUCUUAUAGGUCUUUUAUCUGUCGCUUCAUACUCAUUUCUCAUUUCCAUCACACAGCGCCAGCAAGUAGCGCAGAUCCAAGGUCGCCCGAUCUACGCGGUAACCAAUGUCGCGAUUAUCCCAAUCUCAUCCCAGGCAGAUGCCUCCCGCGCAAUUACACAAGCCAGGAAAGAAUCAGCGCAGGAAGAAGUCACCAUCGAAUCGUCCUCCGACGAAGAUGAUCUUUCCGAUAAGGAAACCGACAGAGCCGAAGCGGAGGCGGAGGCGGAGAUGGGCAGCGUGCCCACAUCACCUACUCGCGAUACAUCUCAUGCCCGCGGCCCCAGUAUCGGCAGUAUUGCAGAAGAUGUGAUUGCGAAGAAAGUCCGCUUCGGCAGGUUUGCAGCCAAUUGGCUAUCGCGCAAAAAUCUGGGCUUGCCCGGACCCGGAGCUCUAGAGCAGGAUGUGCCAGAGUCUCCCUUUGACGAAGCUUCCAUUUCUUCGGGUGAUGCCAGCGAGGCAAAACAUGAAGCUGUAAAUGAAGCUCUCUCUGAAGAGACUGGGGCUCAGAAUGAGCCUGAUCGGCCUAAAUCUAGCCAGGCUGCUGAAUUACUGCCGAAACUGCUUCGCUAUACGAAACUCUUGUUUGCAUCGCAUAACUUUUUCUUUGCAUAUGAUUAUGAUCUUACACGCCCUUUACAUACACAGGAAGCUCGGAAAGAUCAGCUUCCCCUCCACAAAGUUGUGGAUCCAUUGUACUUUUGGAAUAGACAUUUGAUGAACAAGUUUAUUGAUUAUGGGGCUCAUGGCUUUGUUCUGCCAUUGAUUCAAGGCUUUGUCGGCCAACGAGAAUUCACAAUCGCUGGAGCUGAGAGGAAACAAUCUUCAACAGACUCAGUGGAACUCGCAGAAGGCCGAAUCCUCGGUGAAAAACACGAGGCCGAGGCUGUUGAGACUAAUGCCAGCAAGCGUGACUAUCUUCUAACUCUCGUUUCUCGACGGUCUGUCGAGCGACCAGGUCUCCGUUACCUGCGCCGUGGUGUCGAUGAUGAGGGCAACACAGCCAACACGGUUGAAACCGAGCAGAUUCUCUCCGUUCCGGAGUGGACACCGUCUCACCCUGCCUACUCAUAUUUGCAAGUUCGGGGUUCCAUUCCCCUUUAUUUCUCACAGUCGCCAUAUGCCUUGAAGCCAGUUCCAGUACUUCAUCACACUGCGGAAACGAAUCUCCUUGCAUUCAGUAGGCACUUCCGAGAGUUCAGUCGACGGUAUGGAAAUGUCCAGGCUGUCUCUCUUAUUGACAAGCUGGCCGGUGAAUUGAAGCUAGGAGAGCAAUAUGAGCGAUACACUGAAUCCUUUAAUGCCGCCGGUGGGAUCGAUGGUAAGCCAUUGCAACUUGAAUGGUUUGACUUCCAUCACGAGUGCCGCGGCAUGAAGUUUGAAAAUGUAUCUCGCCUGGUCGAUCGACUGAAAGAUACAUUGAAUGAGUUCUGCUACACCAUUGUUGCAGACAGCGAUGUCCUGCAGACCCAGAAGGGAAUCAUUAGAACCAAUUGCAUGGAUUGCCUUGAUCGUACUGGGGUUGCCCAGUGUGCAUUCGGCCAAUGGGCCCUUGAGCGUCAACUGGAACAUGAAGGCAUUGAUAUUGAUAUUGGGGGUCAUUCUUCCACUCAAUGGUUCAAUACGCUUUGGGCAGACAACGGCGAUGCCAUCUCUAAGCAGUAUUCAUCAACUGCAGCCCUGAAGGGUGAUUACACCCGCACACGCAAGCGAGACUAUAGAGGCGCCCUCAACGAUUUUGGACUGACACUUUCCCGCUACUAUAACAACAUCGUAAACGACUUCUUCUCUCAAGCCUGUAUCGACUACCUCCUAGGCAACGUCUCGACCCAAGUUUUUGAUGAGUUCGCCAUCCAGCUCCAGACCACCGAUCCAGGAAUCUCAGUCCAGAAACUGCGCCAGAACGCCAUUGACACAAGCUGCAAGAUAGUUAUCAGUAGCCCCUCUGAGGAAUUUCUAGGCGGUUGGACCAUGCUGACACCCCGUCAACCUAACACCCUUCGCACCCUGCCCUUUGGGGAAUCUGUCCUCCUUUUAACCGACGCCGCAGUCUACAGCUGCCGCUUUGACUGGGAGACUGACAAAGUGCUGUCCUUUGAGCGCAUCGACCUCCGCUCCAUCUCGCGCAUUCACUAUGGCACAUACGUCACAUCCAUAUUGACAGGGAGCCAAGCCAACGAGGCGACCAACGUCGGUCUCGUCAUAGUAUACCGUGAUGGCGACACAAACACCCUCCGUGUAAAUACCAGAUCCCUGCAGAGCGAUGUCGACCUCAGUACGCUCGAGACCACCGCCAGCGCCAACAGUGAAUGGGACCUUGUUUCCUGGCUGCGGGGUAGCAAGCGUGCGACCACGCGGUUCGUCGCAUUCAAGGGCCUGCCGCUAUCGAACCCGGUGGCUAGUCCGCGGCUUGGGCCUAGCGCUGGGAGUGUUCGGGAGAUGGAUCGGAUUCGCUCGGUCUGUUUGGAUAUCGAGCGGGCGAUGCUUGCGAGUCAGGGUCGUGACGUUGAGGCGGUCUCUCUGGUUGAACGGUCUGAUAUCAUCUCUUUGGCGGAUGCUAAGAAGAGGACUGGAUGGUUAGAAUAUCUGGUGUAUGAUCUUAAGAAGAUGGUUUGGGCGUGA